AAGGGGUAUAUACCUCUAAAGUCUAAACCUCAAUUCAAGUCAAAUUGCAACACGCUCGUGAAGACUCGCUGCUCUCUGCUGCUCCUCCUCCUCCUCCGUUUACUUCUAGUCCAUUCCUCUCUGUAUAAACUUCAAUGGCGACUGUGCCAGUAAACCCUAAGCCGUUCUUGAACAACUUGACCGGGAAGACUGUGAUCGUGAAGCUGAAAUGGGGCAUGGAGUAUAAAGGGUUUCUUGCUUCAGUGGAUUCGUACAUGAACCUCCAGCUAGGGAAUGCUGAAGAGUACAUUGACGGACAAUUUACUGGCAAUCUUGGGGAGAUUUUGAUUAGAUGCAACAAUGUUCUCUAUAUGCGUGGUGUGCCAGAGGACGAAGAUAUAGAGGAUGCUGAUCGUGACUAGAAGCAGCAUCGAAAGAAUGUUAGAUCUUGGAUUGUUUUGAGCCAAAAUUGUGAUGCCGUCGUGGUACUUUUGUUGUAAGCAACAGAUCUUUUCUAACUCUGAUGUUCUGUUCUGAUAUCUAGGUUGAUUUCAUUUGAAUAUCCUAAUUGAUAGCUAGCAUAUGUAAUUCCAUUGAGUAAUCCAUCAUAUGCUGAUUGAGUUGAAAUUGACGUUUUCUAGCUUUUCAUGCAGAAGAUUCUGUUGGCAGGCAUUUGC